AUGGGUCCGUCGCGCUUCCCCACCCUGCUUCUGGCCCUCGUUGUCGCCCUCACCAUCCUCACCACCACCAUCUCCGCUCAACAAACAUGCUCCGCAAAAUCCAAAUGCGGUGAGGCAGCCCCCUGCUGCUCCACCUAUGGCUACUGCGGCAGCUCGACCGAUCACUGUCUCGGCUCGUGCGACCCCACCUCCUCCUUCUCGCCCAACUCGUGCAAGCCCAUGCCCAAGUGCAAGCCUCAAACCAUUCGCUUCGACAACAAUGCCAAGCCCUGGGUGGCCGCCGAGUCAUACCGAGGUGAUCCCAACCAGGCGCCCUUUACCCUCGAUCAAGGUGUCGCCGAGGCGGGUAAGACGGGCACCAAGAUGAUCCUCACCAAGUCCGGCGAUGCGAAGCGAGGGUCACUGCUGAGCACCACGAGAUACUGGUACUACGGUCAGGCGAGUGCCGUCAUGAAGCACGGCAGCUGGAACGGUGUGGUGAAUACAUUCAUCGGCAUGUCGAGUACCAAAGACGAAAUUGACUGGGAAUGGACGACUAGCGAUGAUCAAGACAUGCAAACAAACUGGUACUGGCGCGGGGAUCCAGAUGGAUACACCCAUGGCUUCUCUGUCCCCAACACGACGCUCAACACCAUCGCCCCUCCGCGCUUCAGCACGCGCGAUUGGCACACCUACACACUCGACUGGUCUCCCACGCGUCUUCGUUGGCUCAUCGACGGCACUCCUGUUCGCACGCUCACCCGCAAGAGCACGCUCAAGAACAACAUCUACCACUACCCCUCCAGCCCUAUGCGUCUUCAAAUGUCCAUCUGGGGCGCAGGAGAUGGCACCUUCCAGGAAGGCACCGUUGACUGGUCCGGUGGCCUCAUCGAUUGGAAGCAGGCCACGAAUGGAAGGUUUGUGAAUAUGGUCAAGAGCGUCACCAUCAGCUGUGCCGAUCCGGAAGAUGUGAACGACGGCAAGCCGAAUUACGUUUUCAGCGCCAAGCAGAGGAAUGCCCAGAACGGUCAGCCGAGGGUGCUCAGCACAAGCAGAUCAAGCAUCAUGAGCUAG